UUUGUGGAGGACAUGGAAAUUCUCAACUGAUUUGGGCUUGAUCUGAACUGUCUGUGGCUCAUACUCUCCUGUGCCAGCUCUGGUCGGAAAUUCUGUUACAUGGGUGCGUUCCCGCUCCAUCCCUCUGGUUCUACUUUCGUCUGGAGGUCUUAGAGCUUCUGAUUUCCUUGCCAUGGAAACCAGUUGAUUUGGCUGACAAGAUUGUCUGUGCUUUGCCAAGGCCAGGGAAACUCUCAGCUGGUCCACGCUUGAUCUGAACUGUGUCUCAUAGUCUACUGUCCUGUGCCUGCAACACCUGGCAGUUGCAGUGGAAAGUACAGAGAACAAGAUGGAGUUGGUGGUAGGUGCUUCCGAAGCCACCAUGAAAUCUCUCUUAGGCAAGCUGGGUAACCUUCUUGCCCAGGAGUAUGCUCUGAUAAGCGGUGUACGUGGUGACAUCCAGUACAUCAAUGAUGAGCUUGCCAGCAUGCAAGCCUUCCUCCGUGACCUCAGCACUGUGCCAGAGGGUCACAGUCAUGACCACCGCAUGAAAGACUGGAUGAAGCAGAUCCGAGACAUAGCCUAUGACGUUGAGGACUGCAUUGAUGACUUUGCCCACCGCCUCCCUCAAGAUUCCAUUAGUGCUGCCAAAUGCUCCUCUAUUGCUUCAAACAUUGCUGAACUCAAGGUACGGGCGCAACAGAUCGCCGAUCGACGCAAUAGAUAUGGAGUAAACAACCCAGAACACGGUGACAGCAGCAACAGCACUCGAACCCAUGUUGCUGCUUAUGACAUUGCUGAGUAUCAGGUCACAAGCCCUCAGAUCAUCGGUACAAAGGAACCUGUGGGUAUGACGGAUGUCAUCGAUCAGCUUGAGGGUUGGUUAACCAGUCCUCAAGCUGAAAAGGGGCGAGCUGUUCUGUCCAUAGUUGGUUUCGGCGGUGUGGGAAAGACCACCAUUGCCACAGCAUUGUACAGUAAAGUCAGUGGUAAAUUUCAGUGUCGGGCAUCAGUCUCUGUUUCUCAGAACUAUGACCAAGACACAGUGCUCAGGAGUAUUCUGAAUCAAGUCAGCAAUCAGGAGCAGGGUAGCAGCAUAACAUUUAGUGACAAAAAAACCCCCACUUCAGGCACUAAAAGCACGUUGAAGACAGCCCUGUCACUGCUUGGACGAUACUGUAUAUGUCAGCCAGGUAACAAUGGAAGCCCUGAUAAGACACAGAUGACACCGGAAACAAUGGACUAUCAACUACUCCUCCAGGAACUAAAAAAGCGCCUCAACGAAAAGAGCUAUAUCCUCUUGAUCGACGAUAUUUGGUCUGCCAAGACAUGGGAAAGUAUCAUAGCGUUUUUGCCUGAAAACAAUAAAGCCAGUAAAAUAAUAGUGACUUCAAGAUUUCAAGCUGUUGGUUCCACAUGCUCCGCUUCUGGAACUGAUCGUUUGCAUACAGUUGGUUAUCUUACUGAUAAUGCGUCCAAAAAAUUAUUUAAAACAAGUCUUUUUGAAUCAAGAAUCAGAAAAGAUAGCAAGAAAGUAGAUGAGCAACUCCCUGAGGAAAUAUGGAAAAUAUGUGGGGGGUUGCCUUUAGCCAUAGUUACAAUGGCAGGUCUUGUCGCCUGCAACCCAAGCAAACCAGACUGCGAUUGGAGAAAACUUUCCAAAUCAUUAUUUCCAGAAACAGUUACUUCUCUUACCCUGGAAGGGGUUAAAAGGAUACUGGAUUGUUGUUACAAUGAUUUGACUGCGGAUCUCAAAACUUGCUUAUUGUACUUGAGUAUAUUUCCAAAGGGUUGCAAAAUUAGUAGGAAACGUUUGACCCGGCGAUGGAUUGCUGAAGGUUUUGCCAGUGAAAAGCAGGGGCUAAUUGAAGAUGGAGUUGCAGAGACAUACUUCAAUCAGCUCACGAUAAGGAACUUAAUACGUCCUGUGGAGCACGGCAGCAAUGGGAAGAUGACUGCACCAAGCAAUAAAGUCCGUCGACUGUCGAUGCAAACCAGUGGUUCCAAGCAGGGAAGUUCAACAAAAGGCCUGAACUUGGCUCAAGUGCGGUCACUGACGGUGUUUGGGAACCUGAACCAUGUGCCAUUCCAUUCAUUCAACUAUGGGAUAAUACAGAUACUAGAUCUUGAAGGUUGGAAGGGUUUGAAUGAGAGACAUAUGACAGAGAUAUGCCAAAUGCUUGUACUCAAGUAUUUGAGCAUCCGACGAACAGAAGUUGCCAAAAUUCCCUCCAAGAUUCAGAAACUUGAGUACCUGGAAACUCUUGAUAUAAGGGAGACAUAUGUCGAGGAGCUGCCUAAGUCAGUAGGCCAACUAAAACGGAUCAGUAGCAUACUUGGAGGGAACAAAAAAACACAGAAGGGGCUGAGGUUUCCUCAAGAAAAAAGUAAGAAGCAAGUGAUAAACCCAUCGUCUCAAGGAAACACAAAGGAGCCUGCAAAGAAAGGAUUCUUGUCUCAAGAAAAAGGUAAAGGCGCAAUGAACGCACUCCGUGUACUGACAGGGAUUGAGAUUGUUGAGGAACCAUCAGCAGUAGCAGCAGGCCUUCAUCAGUUGACAGGGCUAAAGAAGCUUGCCAUAUACAAGCUUAACAUAAGCAAGGAUAGUGAUACCUUCAGAGAAUUACGCUCCUCCAUUGAGUACCUUGGCAGCUGCGGUCUGCAGACUUUGGCCAUCAAUGAUGAGAACUCUGAUUUUAUCAACUCACUGGAUGAACUGUCAGCGCCUCCAAGAUAUCUCGUUGCCCUUGAGCUGUCUGGCAAGCUGAAGAAGCUACCCCAGUGGAUCAAAAGAAUUACUACUCUCAACAAGUUAACCAUAUCUGUAACAGUUCUUAGGACUGAAACUUUCAAGACCCUCCACACUUUACAUUCACUAUUUUCGCUCACCUUUGCACUUAGUGCAGUGAAGCAGGAUCAGGACAUAAUAAAGGACAUCAUCGAGGAUAACAAAUUGGAGUCUGAUGGGGAAAUCGUGGUUCCAGGUGGAGGAUUCAAAAGUCUUAAGCUGCUUCGUUUCUUUGCACCUUUUGUACCAAAGCUCAGCUUUUCUGACAAGAAUGCAAUGCCGGCACUCGAAAUCAUUGAAAUGCAGUUUAAAGACUUUGAAGGUCUAUUUGGCAUUGAAAUCCUUGAAAAUCUCCGUGAGGUUCAUCUCAAAGUUGGCAAUGGGGCAGAGGAAAUAACCAAGUUCCUAGUAAAUGAUUUGAAGAAUAAUACUGAGAAACCAAAAGUAUUUGUUGAUGGCAUCGUUACUGCAUGAGAAGUGAAAUUGUUGCAAAUCGGAGAGAUUACCAAUCAUCUGGUGCUGCUCCUCUAUCCUUAUCGAUGUUAUUACUCUCCUGGCUAAAUAAAAUAGUGAUUGCAUGGUAUAUAUUUUACUACCUCGUACCAUGGUUCCAUCCUACUUCGUAGUUGAUUUCAAUUGUCGUUACAAACUUGCAAUGUCUGUUCGGUUCUGUUUUUUCCACAAUUGAGGGCAGAUCCCCGAUAAAAGCCAUUAUAAUCCUUUUAUUCGGUUGUAGUUGAACUCUUUAAAUGAUGGGAUUGCUAUAAUUAUGGUGCCACAGUUUCUAUAUGUCCAGAAUUGUAGUUUUGUACUACCGUUAUUGCUGGCAAAGCGUUGAGAACGGUUGAUGGGGGCAAUUGGGUUUCACCACAGACCCCUCUAUUAUUGGUGCCCAAAAUUAGGCUUCACACUACGUUUACAGUAUUGAUGUAAUUUCUGUGUAUUAAUACUAUCAUUUUAUCCCUGUA